AUGGUCAAGUGCUGUCCAGUUGAUAUCCAAAUCCCCGACUCGUACCCUUUCAAGCCCCCGGUCAUCAAGUUCGACACCAAAGUCUACCAUCCCAAUAUCAGCAGCCAGACGGGCGCUAUCUGUCUCGAUAUUCUCGGGACCGGCUGGUCUCCCGUCCAAACCAUCAAAUCUGCCCUGAUCUCUCUCCGCAUGCUCCUCGAGGUCCCUAACCCCAAAGACCCUCAAGAUGCCGAAGUAGCCAAAAUGUCUCUCGAAUACCCCGAGCAAUUUGCCCGGACAGCUCACGAGUGGGCUGUCCAAUAUGCCGGUGCCCCUCGCCAAAAUAUCGAUUAUUCGCAGUUCAGGAAACCAGAUACCAAGCCCAAGCAAACUUCUGUUGAUUAUAAGGGGUACAAUAAAGAUCUCGUCGACCGUUUUGUGAACAUGGGCUUCGGUGCUCAGGCCGUUGUUGAUGCCUUCAUUUUUGUGGGCAUUGACCGCAACGGCGGGGAAGAUUACGAGCUGGAAGAGGCGUAUAUGGGCGACAUUACGGCUCGACUUCUCGGAGAGAACUAA